UUUUAUAGAGGUCUUACUUAUAGGCAUAUUACGCUGAAGUUGGAAAAGCAACAUAACAUCAUGAAUCAGCGAACUCUCAAGCGAAGGCUGAAAGAUUAUGGACUUAAGAGACGUGAAACAGUAGAUGAGGAGCUCAAGGAACGCGUCAGGGAUCUUAUUGUACAAGAAAUAUGCACUGGUCCUGAUAGCCUCAGUGGCUACAGGACUAUGUGGCAUGUCUUGCGCCUAAGACACCGGAUUAAUGUUCCUCGGCGACUAGUAGAGUCACUGUUAAGGGAGGUUGAUCCUAGGGGAGUGGAACACAGAAAGAGCCGUUGUCUUCAGCGCAGAACGUAUGUGUCACCUGGACCCAACUUUUGCUGACACAUGGACGGGUAUGAUAAACGAAAGCCUUAUGGCUUUUCUAUUCACGGCUGUGUAGACGGCUUUAGUCGAAGAAUUCUUUGGCUUGAGGUGCAACGAUCGAACAAAAAUCCAAGGUGUGUUGCAAGCUAUUUUGUAAAGCACGUCAAAGCAGCACAUGGAUGCCCAGUGCGUGUUUACACUGACCCUGGCACUGAAAACGGUCUGGUUGCCGGAAUACAGUGCUAUUUGAGAGCUGAGGGAUUGGACGAAUACGCAGGAUCGAAGUCUCACAAAUACGUAUCAAGCACUAAGAAUCAGCGUAUUGAAUGUCAAUGGUCACAUUACAGGAAACAACGUUCAAGUUGGUGGAUGGACUUCUUUUAUGACCUUCACGAGUCUGACAUUCUUGAUCUGACCAGUGACUUGGACAAAGAGGCAAUUUGGUUUUGUUUCGCUGAUUUGCUUCAGACUGAUCUGGAUAAGGUGAAGGAAUAUUGGAACAGUCACCGGAUCAGGAAGUCAAAGCAUGCCACUGUAUCUGGUGUUCCCGACAUGAUGUACUUCCUGCCCGAGGAUUUUGGACACAGCGACUGUUUGGUUCCAAUAUCACCACACAAGCUCACAGAAAUGGAAAAUAGGUUUGAAGGGUUCGAUGGUGAGGAUGAUGAGUCCAACCCAGUUUUCCACGAGUAUUUUCAAUACGUCAUGGAC